AUGGCCUCCAUUUCCAAACUCACCUGCAUCUACUCUGACCUUAUCCUGCAUGAUGACAAGGUCACAGUCAUGGAGGAUAAGAUCAAUGCCCUCAUUAAAGCAGCUGGUGUCAAUGGCAAACCUUUUUGGCCUGGCUUAUUUGAAAAAGCCCUGGCCAUUGUCAACAUUGGGAGCCUCACCUGCAAUGCAGGGGCUGGUGGUCCGGCUCCUGCAGCUGGUGCUGCACCUGCAGGAGGCCCUGCCGCCUCCACCACUGCUGCCCCAGCUGAGGAGAAGAAGGUGGAAGCAAAGAAAGAAGAAUCUGAGGAGUCUGAUGACAACAUGGGCUUUGGUGUUUUUAACUAA